AUGCCUCCCACCCCUUCUAGUACCACCACCCCUACUUCUGCAACUUCACACCGACGUUCGCUCACUAUGUCCAAAGGUCGCACCGUGUCAGUUGUACUCAUAUCUUCCGCGUUGGAAACUAUCCUUUCAUCUAAGGAUGCAAAGCGUUCCGGCCCACUGCGGGAGAGUGCGCAGAAGGCUUUGGAGAUGGUACGUGCAGGCGAAGGUGGAGACAGACCACGUGAAAUAUUUGAGCCUUUGCGUCUGGCUUGCGAGACACGCAACGAGAAGCUGAUGAUCGCCAGUCUGGACUGCAUAUCAAAACUUAUUUCCUAUUCUUUCUUUGCUGAGCCUUCAUCCGCGCAAAUAUUGCCUUCCCCGCCUCCCUCUCCAGGUCCUCAUGGUCGUCGCUCUAUAUCAGGUUCCCACACCAGUAUCCCUCAACCGUCUCUCGUUGAUCUCGUAGUACACACUAUAACGGCAUGUCAUAGCGAAAACACACCUGAAACGGUAUCCCUGCAAGUGGUCAAGGCGCUUCUAUCCUUAGUGCUAUCGCCCACCAUUUUUGUCCAUCAUUCCUCUCUUUUGAAAGCGGUACGAACAGUUUAUAAUGUUUUCUUGUUGAGCACAGAUCCUGUCAACCAAAUGGUGGCUCAAGGUGGAUUGACGCAAAUGGUACACCAUGUCUUUUCGCGGUGUAAGGUCGAUCAAAGGAGCAAUGAUACCGACGAGGCUUCUACUCUCAAAUCAUCAUUAAGCUCUGAGACCCUGGUUACUUCUCAGCCGACGACAUUACCUUCUUCGACGCCGCGACCAUCCUUAGACACGCUUCAUGGAGCUCCGGCAGAUUACAGAGAGCUAACCACCCAGGACUUGUUCGUCAAAGAUGCGUUCUUGGUGUUCCGCGCCUUGUGCAAGCUGACUAUGAAGCCUUUAAAUUCGGAAAGUGAACGCGACAUAAAAUCCCAUGCUAUGCGUUCUAAGCUACUCUCUCUGCAUUUGGUUCUUACUGUCUUAAACUCGCAUAUGCCCCUUUUCAACGAUCCAUCUGCUAUAAUCUACUCAAGUUCUUCAAACGACGACACUAUGUUCAUCCAGGCGAUAAAUCAAUAUCUCUGCUUGAGUUUAAGUCGCAAUGCUGUUAGCCCCGUUCCCCAAGUGUUUGAAGUGAGCGUGGAGAUAUUCUGGCGAGUUCUGUCUGGAAUGCGGACGAAACUCAAGAAAGAAAUAGAAGUACUUUUACAUGAGAUAUUCAUUCCUAUAUUGGAGAUGAAAACCUCAACUUUGAAACAGAAGGCUGUGAUCCUGGGGAUGCUUUCCAGACUCUGUCAGGACCCGCAAGCACUGGUUGAGAUAUAUCUCAACUAUGAUUGUGACAGUGAAGCUGUGGAUAAUAUAUAUGAACACCUCAUGAAUAUCAUCUCCAAAAUUUGCACAUCACCUUCCAGUUCUACACCACAAAAGGCAAAUGAUCCUGCUAGUCCGUCGCUACAACCUCAUAGCAAGAGUCAUAACUCAACUGUACCACCAUCCCUCAACAGUACCUCCUUAAGUGUUUCAGGCUCGAUGGAUACGUCCAUGAUGGGUCUUUCUGAAGCUCAGCUCCGAAGGCAAGGUCUCGAGUGCAUGGUGGCAGUAUUGAGGUCGCUCGUUUCGUGGGGAACUGCUGCUGGAAGGACGCCAGGUGAAUCUAGUGCAGAUCCGACUACUCGCAGUCAGAUAGGUGAAGAAACGAGACAAGAGACCGUAACUCCUGAUCCUUCUGUCGAAGGCCUCUCCGUUUCUGCCGGCAGCUUUGAGGCCCUUAGGCAGCAGACACCUGAUGUGGUGGACGACCCCACUAAAUUUGAAAGUGCCAAGCAAAAAAAGACAACGCUAUUAGAGGGCAUUAAAAAGUUCAAUUUCAAGCCGAAACGCGGUGUACAAUUUCUCAUAGAAACUGGAUUCAUCCCGAGCAGGGCUCCGCGAGAUGUUGCACAAUUUCUUCUUACAACGGAUGGCCUUGCGAAAGCAAUGAUCGGUGAAUACCUGGGUGAAGGCGAGGAAGAGAACAUCGCUACCAUGCAUGCCUUUGUCGACCUUCUCGAUUUCAGGAAUCUUCCAUUUAUCGAUGCUCUUCGAAUUUUUUUGCAAGCAUUUCGUCUUCCAGGAGAGGCACAAAAAAUCGAUCGAUUCAUGCUCAAAUUUGCGGAACGAUACAUUGCGGGUAAUGCGCAAACACCAUUCGCAAAUGCAGACACGGCUUAUGUUCUGGCUUAUUCGACGAUAUUGUUGAACACGGAUGCCCAUAGUCCGCAGGUCAAGAAUCGCAUGACCAAAAGUGACUUUUACAAGAACAAUCGUGGGAUUAAUGACGGCGCAAGUCUUCCUGAAGAAUUCUUGUCCACUAUUUAUGAUGAUAUUGUCAAAAAUGAAAUUCGGAUGAAAGAUGAGAUAGAAUCGGCUCCGAUUAUUCCAACUCCUGGACCUGGAUUUGCUAAUGCCUUGGCAAACGUUGGCAGAGAUCUUCAAAAGGAAGCAUAUAUGCUGCAAUCAAAUGGUAUGGCGAACAAGACUGAGGCCUUAUUCAAAACGUUAAUGCGCUCCCAGAGAAAGGGAUCAAGGACAGGCGAUCAAUUUUUCAGCGCGUCGCAUUUCGUCCAUGGCCGACCGAUGUUUGAAGUUGCAUGGAUCCCAUUUUUGGCCGGUUUAUCUGGACCAUUACAGAAUACUGAUGAUUUAGAAAUCGUUGAAUUGUGCCUGGAUGGAUUCAAGAAUGCAAUUCACAUCGUCUGCUUUUUUAACCUUGAGUUGCAGCGUAACGCGUUUGUGACGACACUAGGGAAAUUUACCUUCCUGAAUAACUUAGGAGAAAUGAAGGCAAAGAAUAUGGAGGCCAUCAAAACCCUGUUGGAUGUUGCUGUCACCGAAGGAAAUAGCUUGAAAGGGUCAUGGAGGGAGGUUUUGACGUGCGUCAGUCAGUUGGAGCACAUGCAACUCAUCAGUAGUGGUGUGGAUGUACCAGAGUCUGGGAAGAAAGGACGAUCGCGUAAACUCCCUGCAGAGGAAUUAGCGAACGAAAGUCGUUCAACUCAUAUCACAGUAGCAGCAGAUAUGGUUUUUUCCCUCAGCCAUUACUUAUCUGGAACUGCUAUCGUUGAUUUUGUCCAAGCACUAUGCGAUGUUUCAUGGGAGGAGAUACAGUCUUCAGGUCUCUCUCAACACCCACGCCUAUUCAGCCUUCAGAAACUUGUCGAAAUUUCCUAUUACAAUAUGAAUCGUAUUCGAUUGGAGUGGUCAAAUUUAUGGGAUAUUCUCGGAGAGCAUUUUAAUCAAGUUUGCUGCCACAAUAAUCCUCAUGUCGGCUUUUUCGCGCUAGAUUCGCUUCGCCAACUAUCCACUCGCUUCUUGGAAAAAGAGGAGCUACCCCAUUUCAAGUUCCAGAAAGAUUUUUUGAAGCCUUUCGAAUACACUAUGACACAUAACGCCAAUCCAGAUAUUCGAGAUAUGGUCUUGCAGUGUCUUCAACAGAUGGUACAAGCCCGCGUCCAGAACAUGCGAUCGGGUUGGCGAACCAUGUUUGGAGUAUUUUCUGCUGCCUCAAGAGUUCUCACCGAACGGAUCGCAAGCUCUGCUUUCGAAAUUGUCACUAGACUAAACGAGGAUCACUUCGCAGCUAUCGUCCGACACGGUGCAUUCGCCGACUUAACCGUCUGUAUUACAGACUUCUGCAAAGUGAGCAAGUAUCAGAAGAUCAGCUUGCUUGCUAUUGCGAUGUUGCGUGGUGUUAUUCCUGUGAUGCUCAAGAGCCCCGAAUGUUCCUUCAAUCCUGAUGGGCAAGCACCCACCGAUGAUACCAUGAUUCGUUUCUGGUUUCCUGUACUGUUUGGAUUCUACGAUAUCAUUAUGAAUGGUGAGGACCUGGAGGUUCGGCGCUUGGCCUUGGACUCAUUAUUCACUACUCUCAAGACAUAUGGCUCAACUUAUCCUGUUGAGUUCUGGGACACUGUGUGCCAAGAGCUACUUUUCCCAAUUUUCGCUGUCCUGAAGUCAAGUCAAGAUGUAUCUCGGUUUAGCACUCAAGAAGACAUGAGUGUAUGGCUUUCUACGACGAUGAUCCAAGCAUUGCGUGACCUCAUCGAUCUAUAUACCUUCUACUUUGAUAUACUCGAGCGCUUUCUUGAUGGCCUUUUGGAUUUAUUGUGUGUCUGUAUUUGCCAAGAAAAUGACACACUGGCACGAAUCGGCACUUCAUGCUUGCAGCAGUUCCUGGAGAAUAAUGUGACAAAGUUAAACCCUUCUAGAUGGGAGCGCGUUGCAACUACCUUCGUGAGGCUAUUUAGGACGACGACACCGCAUCAGUUGUUUGACGACAACUUACGAGUGGAACUUGAUGGUAGCAAUCCAGACCUACCAGAUACAGUCGAAUCAAAUGGUCAAGCUAUAUUACCCGCUCCUCUUUCGCCCACGAAUGAGCGCCCUGUGGUUGAAGUCAAACCUUCUCUCAACGACCGUCGUCGCAUUUUCAAACAAAUUAUCGUUAAAUGUGUUCUUCAAUUGCUAUUGAUCGAGACAACCAACGACUUACUUCGCAAUGACGCUGUAUACAACAAUAUACCACCGGAACAAUUACUGCGAUUGAUGGGCGUUCUUGAUCACAGUUAUCAAUUCGCAAGGAUGUUCAAUGACGACAAGGAACUCCGCACAGGGUUGUGGAAAGUUGGCUUUAUGAAACAUUUACCCAACCUUCUCAAGCAGGAAUCAAGUAGUGCAGCAACUUUGGUGCAUGUUUUACUUCGGAUGUAUUUCGACGAACGCCCAGAACAUCAAGCGGCAAGACCGCAAAUCGCAGAACGGCUCCUUCCUCUCGGACUGAGCGUGUUACAAGACUACACAAAAUUACGUUCAGAUACACAGGCAAAAAAUAUAACAGCUUGGACGCCUGUUGUAGCGGAAAUAUUAGAGGGCUUUUGUCGAUUUGACAACAAAGCAUUCGUAAGAUAUUUACCUGCGAUAUUCCCUUUAACGACAGGACUCUUAGCCCGCGAUAUCGCCCCAGAGAUUAGGUUGGGCCUGAAGAUGUAUUUCGAACGGGUCGGAUACUCUCAGGGUAUAGUAGAAGCUCCACGAUAAUCAUUAUUACCUCUCUGUUCCGUCAUUUAUUCAACCACUUGCAACUAAUUGUAUAUUCCAUUUGCUUUGUGCGAUUCAAUCAAGAUAAAACGGUCAUAAUAAGAUCUGAGGAAGCAACAAUGAUGAUGUGAUUGAUAGGUGCUAAUAUCCAGUAUAUCCAUUCUGAUAGCCAUUAUUC